AUCCUCGAACCGAGCCGACCCGGGACGACCAAUCUCUCGAUGUGAACGAAGCAUCGGACGAGGUCGUAGACGCAAUAGAUAGGGAACAAGACGGCGGUGCCCGUCUUCGUGUAACACCGCCGAUAGUGGAUCGUUGGGGGUCUCGCCAUGGACGACAGCUUCGACGCCCGGGUGAAGCGGCUCUUUGGGUCUCGCCUCUUCGAGACCGUGCCGGAUAGCAACUUCCCGGAGUCGUCUUGGUCGGUGGUCGGCGGGGAGGUCGAGCGGCAGCGCUGGAACAGGGAGAGCGGCGAUGGCCGCGACCGAGAGGGCGAUCCCUGCGCCUCCGCCUUCGAGGAAGGCGGGUGCUUCGCCAAGAAGAUGAAGAGCGCCAGGAGGGACCGCGAGAGGAGGUUCGAGGACGAUCUCGACGAGGUCGAUGAUGACGAGGAGGACGAAGAAGGUGGCGGUGGAGAAUACGAUCUUGAGGAUGAUGGAGAUCGAGAGGAACGGGAGAUUAGGGCUUCCGUUGGGCUCGAUCCAACCCUAGACUACGAGGAGGAGGAGGAUGAAUAUGACAGGAGAGCACUAAACCAUGACAACAUGGGGGAUCGUGUGUAUAUGAGAGAUGUCAAGGAUCAUGGCCCUCACUUGAACUUCCACACUGUGGUUCCCGAUUUUAUUGAUGCUUCAUCUGAAGAGACCCAUGAUUUUAGUAGAGAUCCACGUGCUGACCACUUUGCAGCUGGUGUAAGGCUUAAAGAAGACAAAAAGGCAGUAGAAAAUGGUCAUUCUUCUUUGACUUGUAUUGAUGAAGAACAUCCAGAACAACUGCCUAUCAAAAUAGCUGAUGCUAUCAAUUUGAAGCCUAUUUUGAAAAGGAAAGAGAGUCAGGUUGACCCAAAACCGAAGAAACGUGUUAGGUUCAAUCCUGGAUGCGAAGGUGAUCAGUUAAAGACUAUUGAGGAACACAAAGAUUCUCACAUGGUUCCACAGGUUGUGGAGAGAGGUUAUGGUCCUGCAGUAACAAGGGAAACCAAUUCCGACUUGUCCGAAAUCUCACAGGGGAUUCCUGAUUAUUUGAGGAACCCUUCCAAAUAUACUUGCUAUACUCUUGACUGGUCGGAUAAGGAUGAUGAUGAAACUAACAAACAGGCAUUUGAAGACUUCAGUAAUUUGGUAAAGAGAUCAAACCUUGAUCAGAUGUCACUUGAAAUUCCAGUGGAGAUUCCAAAGUCUAUCACUUUUACACCUCAGAGGAAGCCACGUGAUGCUAUGUCAAUCGAUACUGGCUCCAGAGAUAUUCACGAAGACUCUGUCAGUGAACCUGAUUUGUCGGCUUGCUCGACAGGCAUAGCAGCAGGUUAUUCUCCUGAAAAUGAUGUGCAUGAAAUGGAGGAAGAUGGAACUUCUGUAGCAGAAGUUAGCAUUCGCCCUAGAAGAGCUGGUCGCAACUACCGAUCGAAGUCAUCAUCAGAUGAUUGUUCAUAACUGUUAUGACAUGAUGCAAUGCUAUUGGCUCACGUGUUCUAACUUUGUGAAUCUGGUUAGUAUUUGCUUGUCGCCUAUAAAUCUAUAGUAGUAUGAUACCAGUCGUAUGUUGAAAGAUAGUUUCUGUACGCUAAUCAAACUGUUAUUUGGGUGCAUGUUGCAUUGCAUGUGGGACUCCUAUUUCUCAUGCAAAACCCAUUCUACUCGGGAUUCGGAGCUGUUUUGAAUGUACUUUAUAAGUUGUACGAUUAGAAAGAAUGUUCACUUUUUUUCUAUAAUGAUGCGAUUAUAAAUCUCCAAGGAAACACCUUUUCUCUA